AUGGCCUAUUUUUACAGGGCAAGUGCACGGGAAGAGCAGCGAAAACACAAGACCAGGAGAGAGGAGGUGACUUUGGAACGCUUCAGGAAACAUCCUCUCCAGAAUAGGUGGGUCUUGUGGUUCUUCAAAAACGACAAGAGCAAGACAUGGCAGGAGAACUUGCGACUUGUCACCAAGUUUGACACUGUGGAAGACUUUUGGGCGCUGUACAGUCAUAUCCAGCUGGCCAGCAAGCUGACCUCAGGCUGUGACUACUCCCUUUUCAAGGAUGGCAUUGAGCCUAUGUGGGAAGAUAACCGGAACAAGCGGGGUGGCCGUUGGCUUAUUGCACUGGCCAAGCAGCAGCGGCAUACAGAGCUUGACCAUUUCUGGUUGGAGACGCUGCUGUGUCUGAUUGGAGAGAUGUUUGAUGACUACAGUGAUGAUGUCUGUGGGGCUGUCAUCAACAUCCGUGCCAAGGGGGACAAGAUUGCAAUCUGGACCCAGGAGGCAGAGAACCGAGAUGGAGUCACCCAUAUUGGGCGUGUGUACAAGGAGCACCUGGGCCUGUCUUCAAAAGUGGCAAUUGGUUAUCAGGCUCAUGCAGACACAGCCACCAAAAGCGGUUCCCUCAUGAAGAACAAGUUUGUGGUGUGA